AUUUGGUAGUUGGAAUUGAGAGUUCGCCUCGCGAGGUCAAUUAAAAUGCUGCACUCCGGGUAUGAAUCGUGGACUCUGAGCCUGCUGGUAAUGGCCUUUGUCCUCUCCACUGCAGCCCAGAAUAGGGGCGUGUCAAGCCGAAUUGCAAUACCGGGUGAGCCGCACUACUAUCUCAGGGCGGAUGCUGGACCUUUGGUGACCCCAAAUGAGUCUUUGAAACGCACGAACCGGUCGCUGCUAAAGUGGUGGGAUGAUCUGUUCCCCCGAAACAACAACUGCUGCCCCAACAACGUGGUGUAUCCACCAGCUCCAGCUGUCCCUGUCCCCGCUGUGACCAACAACUGCAAUGGCCUGCAGCUCCAGGACCUGGAUCCCUUCAAGCAAAUAAAACUCUUCAAGAAACUCCCAGAGCUCUUUCCAUCGCCAAAUCAGUGUGGUCAGUGCGCCGGCAGUUGUGGGCAGCCGGUCCAACCGCAGAUAAACUACGCGGAGCCACAGAGUCCUUCCUUUGGCGGUGAUAGCAAUGGCGCGUUACCCAAUCCCGGGUACGAUGGCCCCGGAGAUGGUGAUGCAGGCUACGUAGCGCCGCCGGUUCCUUCAUACGAAGCCCUGGCGCCAGCCGUUGACUACAGCCCGCCUGCUCCAUCAGCUCCCACGUAUGAUUCGCCGGCAAGCUACACCAAGCCUGAGGUCCCAUCCGAAGAGUAUGGAAAAACGCCAGAGUACAACCAGGGGGCACAGACAAAUUACGCUGGAGCACAACCGGCGCAAAUAGUCUACCAACCCAUCAUCUACGUAUCGACUCCUCUAGCAUUGAAAUCCGCCACCCAGGUGGAAGCCGAUGAUCAGAGAUACAUCAGCCCAACAGCACCAUCGUCACCACCUCCUGCUUCUGUUUAUGAUUCGACUCAGCCGAGCUACUACCAACCGGCAGUACCAGAUCCACCGUCCACGCCCAACUACGCCACUCCCUCGUGCCAAACGCCCAUCCGCCUGUCACUUAUAGAUCAGCCGUACCGAGUGGCCCCUGAGCUGUUCGAGGAGUACAACUAUCGACUGGCAUUGGCCUCUCAGAAUAUUUUGUAGUGCACGAAUCGCUGAUGGUUGACCAUUCUGUAAAUAAAAAUCUUCUACUGA